AUGGCCCCCGCCCGUCGUUCGACUCAAAUGCGCCCAUUACGCCAUCAAGGUCGUACCUUUUACACCACGGCCCUCAUCAUCACUCUAUUUGCCUGCUAUAGCUUUCUCCGAGGUCUCGGUCAUGGCGACUUUCGUCACACCCGAUCAAUCGCUGCUCGGUCCCUUGACGCACGCGACCUGGAGUGUCGACUCGUUCAUAAUGCCCCCGACAAAUGUUCCUUCAUAAAACAGAACUGCCCUGACGAAGAAGCCGGUCUGAUUUCAUACCUACAACUCUACUAUUGCUCCCUCGCCAAUGCCAAACCUGUCGCUUUCAUCAUCCUGGUGAUGUGGGUCAGUUUACUCUUCAGCACCAUCGGUAUUGCCGCCUCCGACUUCCUCUGCAUAAACUUGAGUACAAUAGCCAGUAUCCUGGGCAUGAGCGAGAGUUUGACAGGCGUUACAUUCCUGGCCUUUGGAAAUGGCAGUCCCGACGUCUUCUCCACCUUCGCCGCCAUGAGCAGCAACAGUGGAAGCCUGGCGGUAGGAGAAUUGAUUGGUGCUGCCAGCUUCAUCACGGCUGUUGUUGCUGGAAGUAUGGCCUUGGUCGAGCCCUUCAAAGUGGCUCGAAAGAGCUUCAUUCGGGAUGUGGGAUUCUUCGCCGUGGCUGCUAGUUUCAGCCUGGUCUUCCUAUCCGACGGCAGUUUGCGGCCGUGGGAGUGUAUCACCAUGAUCGCCUUCUAUGUCUUCUACGUGAUCUUUGUGGUCUCAUGGCAUUGGUGGCUUUUGAGACGACGAAGGAUCAGGCUCUCUGAAACCACCGCCCGAUUGCAUCAUCACAUUCCAGACGCCCAAGAACUCGAAGUGCCUGAAAUUGAUGAUGAUGAAGAGUCUCGUCCAGCAAACGAGCGUACCAACCUUCUGCGGGCAUCGUCGGGCGAUACCAUUCCAACGCUGCGCACUCCCGGAACUCCAGCUUGGAAGAUUGAAGAUCUCGACGAAGAUGAUGAGGCACGAGAUCGAUAUCUCGCCGAGUUGCAAAGCAAAAUGAGAGUGAGUCGAGCAGCCCGAGGGGAAAGGAGGAAUACCAUGACACCCAUUCGGCCGAGUUUGAUUGGCGCACUGGAAUUCAGAUCUCUUAUGACGUCUUUGGAGAAGAAGGGUACGAGCACUCAACCAAUUGGUCUUCGCAGAUACUCAGAUGAUGCAACAAGUGCGCUGAGUCCGAUUCCGGUCAGCGCUUCUCCUGGUGGCUCUCAUCCAGAACGCGUCAGCCACCAAAGGUAUGUGGACGUGGAGAGACAGCCUCACGGACAUGGCGUCCGUGGGCGAGCAGUAUCUGCAAAUGAUGCCACGAGUCUCCGGAUUAAUACGGAUUUUCUGUCUGAUCGAACAUCCGAUCGGGGUUCUGAAACGGUCCUCACCAGUGAAGGAUCAUCAUCGUCGAAUGCAGCCAAACCUCCGAGGGCGAGCGCCAGUAUAUUGCGCACACUGAAUGAGCCUUCUAGUCAUCCCCGGUUACCCUCUCCAAAACUUAUCGUGUCACCUUCUGGAUCUCAACUACCAUCAGAGACCGGAAGUCUUUCACCUGAGCCUGCUAAGUCACCCAAUCUUCUGGCCCCUCCGACCACAACGUUCCAUCGUCCCGAUUACAAUGACGAACAUCGAUCGGAAAGUCGGAGUCCAGCGCUUUCGCCCCGAACUGGUCCGACCCUGCAAGUGCCGAUUUUGCAUACUCCACAUCCUGACCAUAAGCGAUCCGUGUUGCAACCAGAAGAUUUUCCACCCUAUAUGGAUUCACCAAUGCUUCUCACUCCAAUAUCCUCGAGGCCUCCAAGUAUUCACUUACCUGCCCCCAGCGUGUCUCCGGAGUCUGCCCACCACCUUGGUCUCCUUCCAGAAGAGGAGGAGACGAUGCGCCGGUUCUCAUGGUGGCCAUAUAAAUACCUACCAGCUCCUCAAGUAAUUGUAUCAAUACUCUUCCCGACAAUUUAUGGAUGGCGGGAGAAGUCGAUUCUCGAUCGGAUAUUGGGCCUGAUUACUGCUCCAAGUGUCUUUCUCCUGACCAUCACUCUCCCAGUGGUUGAACCCCAAGACAAGAGGGCAGACACUGAUCCUGGAUUGUUGACACCCACGGGACAAACUCGGAGUCGAGCUCCAAGUCGGGUAGAACUGCUGUCAGAUACUCCUACCAUUGCUCCAAAGACAUCUCCGUCCCUCGGUCAGCCUCAUCCCUAUGAAACCGGAAUAUCACGACAAAUGUCCGAUUACCCUAAAAGUCCCAAUCCAGAAGCCGAUGAAGUAUCUGCAUCAAAGGAGUGGAAUAGGUGGCUUGUCCUCCUCCAAGUCUUCACGGCCCCUCUGUUCGUGGUGACCGUUGUCUGGGCAAAUAUGGAUGAUGAUCACACCAUCAAGCUUUAUGUUCGGCUAGUGUUAGGAUCUCUGAUCUUUUCCCUUGUAUCGCUCGCCGUCCUCCUUUCAUCCACCACGGCCGAUCGUGAACCAAAAUACCGACCCUUGUUGUGUUUCUUGGGGUUCGUCGUGGCUAUCGGAUGGAUUUCAACUAUUGCCAAUGAAGUGGUUGGAGUAUUGAAGGCCUUUGGAGUCAUCUUGGGAAUAUCCGAUGCCAUUCUUGGAUUGACCAUCUUUGCAGUGGGCAACUCCUUGGGUGAUCUCGUGGCAGAUAUUACCGUGGCCAAACUCGGAUUUCCUGUGAUGGCACUGUCAGCCUGUCUUGGAGGUCCCAUGUUGAAUAUCCUCCUUGGAAUUGGCAUUGGAGGUAUGUACAUGACCAUUCACAAAGCGACACAUAAGCACGCCAAGCACCCUCAAAAGCCGAUCAAAUACAAACCCUACGAGAUUGACGUGAGUACGACGUUGAUGAUUUCCGGUGUUACCUUACUGGUAACAUUGGUCGGGUUGUUGAUUGUGGUGCCAUUGAAUGGUUGGAGGAUGGACCGCAAAAUUGGACUGGGUUUGAUCAUAUUGUGGACAUUGUCUACGGUGGGCAAUGUAGCCGUUGAACUCCUUGGAUUUGGAGGAGAUACAUUGUAA